AUGGCGGACGGUGGAGGAUUCUUCCAAGCCAGCGGCUGUGAAACGUGCGGAAAUCUCAGCUUUAGUUCCGAGUGGUAUCAGGCUUUCGGUGUGGUACUUUGCAAUCACUGCAAACGAAAUGAGUCACUUAUUUCAAAGGACAACCCCCAGAAGAAAACCUGGAGCGCCAUGAAGCUCUACCUUCGGAGGCAGGCGAAGGGCGGUAGAAAUGGGCAGUUUCCUAACGCGGUUGAGGAGCGGGCGUGCAGGAAGCACGGCGACCUGGACACCGUACGGCAGUUACGUCAUGAUCGCACUCAGGCCAAGGCGGAGGGCUGGCUGGCGAAAAGGGCCCGUGGUGGGGGCCCUGCUGAGGAUGAUGGAGACGAGGAGGAGGUCGAGGGGGAAGACGAAGGAGCGGAGGUUGCGGGCACUGAGCGGGAGGGGGGGGGGAGGGGAGGGGCGACCCGCGUGAAGCUGAGCGCCGUCGCGGCGCGUGUGAGAGCGCGACUGGCUUCGGAGUACGAGUCGGGGGCUGCGGGGCGACAGGCGAAUACGGGAAACAGCAACGCGGGCGGCAGUGUCAGCGGGGCCGGUAGCGGGGGCGGUGCAGGCGGGGGCGAUGCCGCUGACGGUGGUGAUGUGGAGGUCCUUGAGAGCGCCGACGACAUCGUAAUGGCCGCCACCGAAGUGGUCGGCUUCAACAGCAAAAGGCGGCAUCAGCAGCGGAGGACGACGAGCAGAAGCUGUAGCAGUAGCUCAGGAGGAUCAGCUGCAGUAGCAGUAGCAGUCCGAGCACCGGUGGUAGGAAGUCCCAGUCCCAAGUCUUGCUCCAAUCCCACCCCCGACAGGUGA